AUGUCAGACCCUAAAUUUCAACUGGGGCUUUGUUUUAAUGAUACUGAAUCAUUUAGAAGUGCAGUAAGACAGCAUUCUGUUGUCCAUGGUAGAGACAUCAAAUUCAAAAAAAAGGAAAAAAAUAAAGUCCAAGUAAUUUGCAAACAUAAGACUUGUGACUGGACAAUUUAUGCUUCCCAACUUAGAAAUGAAGCUACAUUCCAGAUCAAGAGUCUUAAUGCAGUUCAUGAGUGCAAUAGGAAAGAGAGGGUCACUUGUGCAACAUCUAGGUGGGUAGCCAACAAAUAUAAGGAUAAGUUAGCCUCAGAUCCUAAAUGGCCUGUUGAUUCCAUGAUGUCUAUUGUGCAGAAAGACUGUAAGCUUUUGUUCAGUAGGCAUCAAAUGUACAGGGCAAAGAAAAAAGCCACUGAGUUGAACACUGGCUCAAGUGUUGAACAAUAUGGCUUAAUGUGGAGGUAUGCUGCAGAAGUGGUUAAAACUAAUCCUGGCACCACAAUUAGGAUUAAAACUAAACCUGUUGGGGAUGGGAAUGAAAUGAGAUUUAAAAGAGUUUAUCUGUGUUGGGGGGCUUUAAAGGAAGGGUUUCUGUCAGGGUGUAGGCCUAUUAUCUUUUUGGAUAGAUGCCACUUGAAAACAUCAUAUGGUGGUGUCCUAUUGUGUGCUGUAGGGAUAGAUGCUAACAAUGGUAUUUAUCCAUUUGCAUAUGCAGUAGUUGAAAAGGAGAAAAAAGAUAGUUGGUUGUGGUUUAUUGAAUUGUUGAAAACAGACUUGAACAUUGAGAAUAGUGGUUUGUGGACUGUGAUGAGUGAUAAACAGAAGGGGCUCAUUGAUGGUGUAGAGUUGUUGCUGCCUCUUUCAGAGCACAUAUUCUGUGUGAUGCACUUAUACAGUAAUUUUAAGUUGUCACAUAGAGGCUUAGCUCUAAAAAAUAUUUUGUGGAAAGCUGCCAGAGCUUCUAGGAUUGUGGAUUUUGAAAGGGUGAUGAGGGAACUGGGUGAGAAGGACAAAUCAGCCUUCAAAUGGCUUGCUAAGAGGCCUGCAGCACAUUGGUCUAGGUCUUAUUUCAACACAAACUCCAAGUGUGAUGUGUUACUGAACAACAUGUGUGAAAGUUUUAAUGCAAUGAUUGGAAGAACUAGGAGUUUACCUAUCAUUGACAUGCUGGAAGCUAUCAUAAUGAUCUUAAUGAAGAGGAUUCAUCUGAAAAGAGACAAGAUGGCCAAAUACAGUGGUGAUAUUUGUCCUAACAUUCAGAGGCAGUUAGAUGAUUUGAAGAAGAAGUCUAUGGGCUACAUAGCUCAUUGGAAUGGCAAGGAUCAGUUUGAGGUGGAGAGCUGUUAUGGGGAGAAGUUCAAAGUCCACCUUGGGGAUAAUAGCUGCAGCUGUAGAAGAUGGCAACUAACUGGAAUCCCAUGUGCACAUGCUAUUUCAAGCAUGUAUUGCAUGGGAUACACACCUGAGGAUUAUGUUGAAGGCUGGUAG